UGGAUUUUCCCGAGGUUCCUUCAAUGGAAAUGCACGCAAUCCCCUGAUCAGCGACAGGGAAAUGAUAUAGUUAGCCUAAAGGUUGUAUUUUGCAGCAUUCGCGGCGUUUCUGCUCCACCUAUAACCAACCAGCACCGCUAAGAUAAUCACCGUUUCCCGGAGUCUAGCACGGAUUGUUCCUAAAUUUCGCUAUGGCUACUACUUUGGAGCACCCGGAGCUCGGCCAGUUGAAAGGCAUAUCAGUUGCUGGGACGACUCAAUUUCGAGGUCUGCAAUACGCGUCGCUGAAGAAUCGUUUCGCGCCACCGGAAUUGGUUACCACUUAUGGCGCAGGACCUACCGAUGCUACAAAAUACGGUCCACCGCCUGUUUCACCCCCCACAGCCAUCCAGAACGAGUUCGGUUUCCUUCAAAAAUCCCUGCCACUGCCUGAGGUUCCGCCACACUCAGACCUCGAUGGCCUGAACCUCAACAUCACGGUACCCCAACAAAAUGGUACUAUUGAUAAAACGUCCAAGCUACCUGUAUACGUGUUCAUCCAUGGAGGCGGCUUUGCAGUCGGAUCCAGCUGGUAUCCGCACUACAACCCUGCGUCCCUGGUUAAGUUGUCGGUGGAAAAGGGCAAGCCAAUAAUUGGCGUUACCAUAAAUUACCGUCUGGGAGCGGCUGGUUUCAUGACAUCCAAAGAGCUCCGUGAUGCUGGAUACAAAGCCAACAACGGUUUCCAUGAUCAGCGUACAGCCUUGAAAUGGAUUCGGAAAUUCAUAGGAGGAUUUGGAGGUGACCCCGACGAAAUCACCGUUGUUGGAGAGAGCGCUGGUGGCUUAUCUGUAACCAUGCUUCUAUGUUCCGAAGAGCCAUACAUGAAGCGCUGUUUGAGCACAGGGGGCGCGGUACUCCUGUUCAAACCUAUACCGCCGGAGGUAGCUGAGUCCGCAUAUCAGAAGAUCACUCAAGCCCUAGGCCUCGCGGACAAGUCUCCUGAGGAGCGCGUGAAUGCAUUGCUUAACCUACCCCAGGAUGACCUGUGGCAGAAGAUACCUCCAGGCGUACCCCUUACUGUGUCUAUUGAUGGCGAGACUGUACCCGGUGUACCAACAUUCUCCAGUGUCUCAUCUCAAAGCGACGACCCGAGCUUCCCCAUGCCGGGCAGGAAAUGGUGCUCUGCUUUGAUGAUUGGCGAGUCAAAACUGGAUGCGAAUAUCCUCGCUUACAUGGGCAUGGACGCCCUUAAACCCGGUGUAGCUACCAAAUUCAUAUCGUCAGUCCGCAAGACCCUUUCCAACUUCCCCGAGGCCGUCGACUAUCUCCUGUCAUCCUACAACAUCACCCCGGAAACACCCGACGAAGAGGCCCUUCUCGCAGCGCUGCGCUUCGGCAGUGAGAUCAGCUUCUACGUCCCUGCACGCGCCUUCGCGCAGGGUUGGCCUUGCACCGAGAAGAACAAGUUCUUCCUGUACCAUCUAAACGAAGGAAUCCCGUGGGAGGGCAGGUUCCAGGGAGAAGCAGGGCACAUCUGGGAUGUUGCAUUGCUGUUCCAGAAUUACGAGGCUGAGCUGAGUGAAGAGCAGAGGAAGGUGUCAAGGCAGAUGGGAGAAGACUUCAUUGAGUUUGUCAAUGGGUCCGACCCGUGGCCGGCUGUGCAGAGGGGUCAGUUUGGUGCUAGGGUGUAUGGGCCUAGCAAGGAUGGUGUUAUCGCGAAGUAUGUGCCUUCUGGGGAUCCGGAGGAGGUGGGGAGGAAUAGUAGGGUUCUGAAGUUGGGGGAGAUGGCUGGGUUUGAUAAUGUUUUGGAGGCUUUUCAGAACUUCUUCCAGGGUCGGUAAAGGAGGGGAGGGCCGGAUGGAG